AGAGAGGUCCAACAGACGGGUUUCCGAGAGAUAUGAUGCUGUUGUUGUUUGCCAGUAAUAGUUGACGUGGAGUUUCUAAUUGUGCUCCCGGCCUUUGCCUACUAAAUCCCCUGCUCACCUAGCGAGCGCAGUCGAUUCAGAACCUAGAUGCCACGAUAACUAAAGCAGUUAAACCUAUCCUCCAUGGAGGCAAAGGCAAAGGAACAAGAGGCACUGUCCUCCAGGACUGAAGGCAGAGAAGCCCUCGAUCAUGCUACAUCGGCUGCAGAAUUAUAUAUGAAAGCAGCCCAAGUGGCGUCCAGCCCCGAAGAUAAAAGCCGUCUGAUUAAAAAAUGCCAAUCGUUACUCUCUAAGGCCGAGAACCUCAAGAAGUUAUGUCAAGCUAGGGGUAGCGUCGCUAUGGUGGAGAAGCGUCUGAGGCUACCACGUCCAGUACGCAAAACCCCUACGAGCGAGCAAACCAUCCUACUUCGUAACUCUCGGCUUUAUGGAAGUAUCUUUCCGCCGUGGGACUCAGAUCCCACCCCUAAUGAAUUCACCGGCAAUGUUUUUAACGAUCCUUCAAAUUUUUCAUUAUCUACUCGCCAGGAAGCCGUUUUCUCGGGCUGGAAACGUCCCUUGGAGAUUUUGGGUCGAGAGACCCCGCCGAAUUCUGCUGAACAGAACAAUGACUUCCUAAUGGAGGCCCAACACGACUAUGAUCUAGUCCAGGAUAUAACAACAGACUGCUCUGUCGUUGCAAGCCUUUGCGCCAGUAUGCGUCACCUGCGUCCGGGCCCUACAUCUAUCCUACCGGCCCUAAUGUUCCCCAUAGACUCCGAGAGCGGACGGCCGAAGUUCUCUGCCAACGGGAAGUAUGUGUUCCGCAUGCUCUUCAACGGCUGCUUCCGGAAAGUUGUCAUUGAUGAUCGCCUCCCUUCAUCCUCAACGGACCGCACCCUAUAUGUUGUAGACCGUCAAAAUCCGAAUCUCAUCUGGCCUGCCCUCAUGGAGAAAGCCUAUUUGAAGGUUCGGGGCGGGUACGACUUCCCAGGAAGUAACUCCGGUACUGAUCUAUACGUCUUGACGGGUUGGAUACCGCAGCAACUGUUCCUACAGAGCGAUGAGGUAGACUGGGACCGCACAUGGAAGCGUGUCAAGAAGGCUUACGAUUACGGCGACGUAGUAGUGACGUUAGGGACAGGGCGGCUUUCAUCAGAUGAGGAGGAGACGUUGGGAUUAGCAGGAGAACACGACUACGCGGUCCUUGAUAUGUCCGAGACAUCAGAGAGUAGGAGACUACUGAUCAAAAAUCCAUGGUGCGACGGUCUCAGCUGGAAAGGGGCAGGGUCGUUCGACACAUCACAUCAGGCAACAGAUGAUCACCCCGUUAAGUUGAAGCCAGGCUCCUUCUGGAUCAGUUUCGAUGAUGUGACACAGAACUUCGAAUCUCUCUAUCUAAAUUGGAACCCGAGCCUCUUCACCGAGCGCCAGGACCACCACUUCACCUGGCAGCUCCCCGAGGCUACUAUGGCUGGCUCCUUCGCACACAACCCCCAGUAUUCUAUGUCUACUGCGGUAGACGGCAGCACCUGGAUUCUGCUAAGCCGUCACUUCCAAGACGAAGAGCUCAAUAUUAUGCGCAAGUACCGUGCUACCGCCGACGACGAUGCCACCAUCUCCUCUCUCGCCGAGGUAUCUAGUAGACUCGGCUUUAUAAGUAUAUACAUAUUUGCGAAUAGCGGAGGCAAACGUGUGCAACUAAGCACCCAGCCCAUCUUCCGCAGUGACUUUAUAGACUCCCCGCAAACGCUCGCACCCUUCGAAGCCAAGCGUGGUGUCACUUACACCGUUGUCGUCGCCGCUCAAGAACUACCCCUCCCACAGUACUCCUUUACCCUGUCAUUCUUCUCGCGCGCUCCUCUUGUCGUCGCCCCAGCCGAGCCCGUGUUGCGUCACUACAUAGACGUGAAAGGAUCCUGGACGCGCCGCACCGCCGGCGGUAACGCUGCUUCUUCCAGUUACCUAGACAACCCUCAGUUCAGCCUCGUUCUCCCCCGAGCAGGACCUCUUUCACUCCUACUAUCUACCGCACGCGAUGACCUACCCGUGCACAUUGACGUGGUGUGGGCUGGCGGUCGCCGUGUCACGGCCGUCGGAAACCGUGAUCUAGUCGUCACGUCGGGCGACUACCGGCGCGGCUGCGCACUCGCCGAGGCACCCGCCGUCGACGCCGGCACUUACACCGUCGUAUGCUCGACUUUUGAACCAGGCUGCCUGGCCGACUUUACACUACGCGUCGGUUCCGAUAUUACCUGCGCCGUGGCCCCAGUGCCAGCCGACGCCGCAGGCCGCUUGCGCACGCAAUUACCGGAUCUUGUGUUCCGCGGUCCAUCGCCGUCUUCUUCGUCUUCUUCAUCUUCUGACAGCGAAGUUCACAAAAAGAAGCGCGCCGCCAUUUCAGCAGCUCGGCUCACGCGCGCAAGCGUCGUCGUAACAAUGCGAGACAACUAUUGCGCCACACCCCGAGGAGGCGCCAGCACGCCGCGAUCGCACCCCACCGUGCGCGCGAGCAUCGAAUACGGCACGGGGCCCGACAAACUAGUCAUUGCGUCUACGGACAGUACCACCAGCAGCACAGGCGAGUUCAGAGAAGUCGGUGCCAACGGGCUGCGCACGGGCGAGUUCGAUAUCGAUCCCCGCCGCGGCGGGCUAUGGCUUGUCGUCGAGCAGUUAGGUCUAUACCACUCCCCGCCGUCGAUAGGUGACGGUACCGGCGGCGAACUGCAAGUAGAGAUCCUCAGCGAGGGACCGGUACAGGUUGGGAUGUGGGAGACGGUGAACGUGUGAUCUGACCGAGUCAAGUUGAUUAUUACGUGGUUUAUUAUCUGAAUAUGAAUACCUACCUAUAUACCUCUAAGAAAGAAUCAGAACGUCGACAAGGAGUAACAUAGGAAGCGAUACGGAGAAGAUUACGAGCGGGUGGUUUAUGUUGUAUUAACGGAAAUAGAAGAGUAGCGUGGUGCGGUGGGUAAGGAACACAAGGAUAAAAGAAAAAGGGCUUUCUAUGGUACCUGACGUAUUACACGGAACUAGCUACCUAGGUUGUUAGCUAGUUAGCUAUACAUCCAUAUUGCUUUUCGGGAUUUUGAAGCGUUUAUUACAAGGCAAGAGAGGGAGAGAAAAAAAGGGCUCCAUAUAUAGUAUUCUUUAUUUUUCUUCAUUGUCCCUUUCAUUUAUCGGGUCUCUAUUCAAAAGCUGCAAUAUAGUGGACGUGGAUAAUUCAUGGUUUUGUAUUCUACGUUACCUCGAUGGAAGAGCGUAGAUGGCUAGCCAUACCUAGGUACGUAGGAGGUAACCACCAAUUCUCCCAUCUUAUGGCUUGCUAGCUAGCAGGAAUUUCC